AUGGAUUGCGAAAGAAGCGAAUCAAUUUCUAUGCAUGACUUUUUAGAAUUUCUUAAGAUUACCUGUCAAGUAAAUGAUUCUUUUAACAGCAACAAGAAAAACCCUCCUUCAUUCGACUACAACCAACUGGCAAAAAACGAAUUGGUGAACAGUAUUGCUACGGAAGUGUUGACCGGAAACUCGAAUUUGCCUGGAACAUCACCGGCCCGUCGACAGGCAAAGAAAGACAGCAAAGACGAUCCUCCUAGUCAAAAGAAAGUGUUCAAGAAAAAAUCGCUUACGCAGAGUAAGUCUCAAAAAAGUAAACAAGAAACCGUAGAAAGUUCAAACCGGACCUUGGAUACCUUACUGAAUGAGAAAUUGGAUGAAGUUCUAAAUGAGGGCAUCCUUGAUUCGGUACUUCCUUUCAUUUGUCCGUCAAAUACAUCUGGACCUACAGGAUACGGAUAUCACAAGGGAGCGCAUUCAAAAUUGUCACAUCCUGUAGUGCAAUUGACACCCAGCAAUAAUAGUGCAGGUUCUAAAACGGUAUCCAAUCUUGCUGAUGGUGCCUCAAUAGAUCAUCAACAUGCAUGCGGCAGUUCCAAGAAAAGCAAUCAAUCCUCAGUAGGAGAUGUUUCUCAAAAUUUCCUGAUAGCAAGCAGCACCAGUAAGCUUGGAGCUAGAAGAAAGUCCUCAGUGUCUCAAAUACCAAUUUCGGAUAGCCGUUCCGAACCCGAGGUUACGAUACAUGUGUGCGACGAAGUUAAAGGAACGUCAAGGGACUUUUCCUGCCCACAAAAACUACUAAUCGCAAAAAUGGGGUACUUUGCAGAUGUCACGGCUGGUCAACGAUUGGAGGAUAUGGACAUUUCGGUGCAUUGCGAUUUACAAAUAUUUGAAUGGCUAAUGAAGUGGGUCAAGAAGGAAUCCACCUCUCAGGACGAUUGGCCAUCACUUGAUCCAUCUAAUGUGGUUCCGAUAUUAGUUUCCGCAAGCUUUCUCCAGAUGGAACCUCUCUUGUUGGACUGCCUUUCCUUUUGCCACGCUCGAUUAAACGAAGUCGUUAGAGCUUCGUCUAACUUGGCGUGCCUCAAUGAUAGCAUAAUUACACGGCUUGCAGCAAUGUUUACGAAUCUGGAACUAGAAAUGGUUAAGGAUAAAAAGGAUCGUAUUGCGCCACGCCUUUGGACCAAAUUAAUUCAAAGUCUUUGUGAGAUUGAACCGCAAGCACUGCGUGGACAUUACGCCACAUUGGUAGGUAUGUUUCGAUGCCUACGGUGUGGAAAAUAUUUGACUCAAACCGUUAGCACGUUUAUACACUGUGUUCCGCAAAACAUUCGCCUGAAUCGCUGGGGCCAAUUGAUCAGUUCACAUGUGAAGGAUCCGGCUUGGAAUAUAACCAGCUAUGUGGCGAGUUUGCACAAAGAGAUGCGCUCCUGGCGCAAAGUAUACUGGCGGCUGUGGGGACACUGUCACUUCUUAUAUUGCGCUAUGUGUGAUACUCAUUUUGCUGUCUACCAAAUGCUAUGGUGUCAAUAUCAUCCGGAACAACCGCAAUUUCUGGGACCGGCGGCGGAAGGGCGAGUACCUGGACCAGCUGGGCGGUAUCCGUGUUGUGGGAAACAGGCCUAUCGUUAUGAAACUCUGCCAGGUCCUACGGGUUGUCAAUACCGGGAACACACCGUCCAAGCAGAUACGGAUCGCGAUCGUGCAAUUUUACAAUUAGCAAUGCAGGCUGCCGAAGGUGGCUGCCUGUACGAAACAGCCCCCUUCAAACCUCCGAGUACGGUCAAUGACCCCUGGUGGAACGGAAUAGGUAUUUUACCCCAUCGCUCGAGACAGGGUUUGCUGCCAACGUUUCAUGUUGAAGGAGAUGCUCAACCUAGUCGAUCGACUCGAAAGUUUAUUACACGUCAACAGUCGCAGUCGAUAGCCGAAUCUGAUACCGAGUCAGACUCGGAAGAUGCCGAUAAAUCAGGUACUAUUCUGAGUCACUCCUCCAGCAGCAGUAGCGACGGCGAAGAGUCCGCCUACAGCAGUCCCCGAUCAUUCCGUCCGAAGAGUCUGAAAUACAAACCUAAGCUUUCCUAUGGUAGGCACUGGGCGGGAGACAUGUCCGCUCGCAGCAAUCAAGAUAAUCAGCGUGAGUUCGAGGAACGUGCUAUGAAGCAGAUUAUCGCAAUGGUAGGGAAAAAGACGGGCAGCGAGCAGAAUCAGCAGUUCAUCACGUACCAACAGGGCGGUACGUUUAUGAAAAUUGAAGCCGAUUGGCGGGAGUCUAUCAAGCAGAAAAAUUUAGCCAGCAUAAAGGCCAAGGCGGGGACUAUCAAAUGA